AUGGCCGCCAACUCCAGGUCAAGGUGCGGGUCCGAUCUCAUCCCGGGAAAACCAGAACACGGACACCGGCCGCUGAUAGAACCGUGGAGGGAACCGGACAGGUUACAGCUGACCCAUCUUUACCGCAUCCGACCCACAAAAAACGCGGAUCAAAAAUACAUUGGUAGUAAAAAAAAUAAGAGCCCGGGCGGCUGGGGGUCCGCAGUUAAUAAGAGGCCGGGCGGCUGGGGGUCCGCAGUUAAUAAGAGGCCGGGCGGCUGGGGGUCCGCAGUUAAUAAGAGGCCGGGCGGCUGGGGGUCCGCAGUUAAUAAGAGGCCGGGCGGCUGGGGGUCCGCAGUUAAUAAGAGGCCGGGCGGCUGGGGGUCCGCAGUUAAUAAGAGGCCGGGCGGCUGGGGGUCCGCAGUUAAUAAGAGGCCGGGCGGCUGGGGGUCCGCAGUUAAUAAGAGGCCGGGCGGCUGGGGGUCCGCAGUUAAUAAGAGGCCGGGCGGCUGGGGGUCCGCAGUUAAUAAGAGGCCGGGCGGCUGGGGGUCCGCAGUUAAUAAGAGGCCGGGCGGCUGGGGGUCCGCAGUUAAUAAGAGGCCGGGCGGCUGGGGGUCCGCAGUUAAUAAGAGGCCGGGCGGCUGGGGGUCCGCAGUUAAUAAGAGGCCGGGCGGCUGGGGGUCCGCAGUUAAUAAGAGGCCGGGCGGCUGGGGGUCCGCAGUUAAUAAGAGGCCGGGCGGCUGGGGGUCCGCAGUUAAUAGGAGGCCGGGCGGCUGGGGGUCCGCAGUUAAUAGGAGGCCGGGCGGCUGGGGGUCCGCAGUUAAUAGGAGGCCGGGCGGCUGGGGGUCCGCAGUUAAUAGGAGGCCGGGCGGCUGGGGGUCCGCAGUUAAUAGGAGGCCGGGCGGCUGGGGGUCCGCAGUUAAUAGGAGGCCGGGCGGCUGGGGGUCCGCAGUUAAUAAGAGCCCGGGCGGCUGGGGGUCCGCAGUUAAUAGGAGGCCGGGCGGCUGGGGGUCCGCAGUUAAUAGGAGGCCGGGCGGCUGGGGGUCCGCAGUUAAUAGGAGGCCGGGCGGCUGGGGGUCCGCAGUUAAUAGGAGGCCGGGCGGCUGGGGGUCCGCAGUUAAUAGGAGGCCGGGCGGCUGGGGGUCCGCAGUUAAUAGGAGGCCGGGCGGCUGGGGGUCUGCAGUUAAUAGGAGGCCGGGCGGCUGGGGGUCCGCAGUUAAUAAGAGGCCGGGCGGCUGGGGGUCCGCAGUUAAGAGGCCGGGCGGCUGGGGGUCCGCAGUUAAUAAGAGGCCGGGCGGCUGGGGGUCCGCAGUUAAUAAGAGGCCGGGCGGCUGGGGGUCCGCAGUUAAUAAGAGCCCGGGCGGCUGGGGGUCCGCAGUUAAUAGGAGGCCGGGCGGCUGGGGGUCCGCAGUUAAUAGGAGGCCGGGCGGCUGGGGGUCCGCAGUUAAUAGGAGGCCGGGCGGCUGGGGGUCCGCAGUUAAUAGGAGGCCGGGCGGCUGGGGGUCCGCAGUUAAUAAGAGCCCGGGCGGCUGGGGGUCCGCAGUUAAUAGGAGGCCGGGCGGCUGGGGGUCCGCAGUUAAUAGGAGGCCGGGCGGCUGGGGGUCCGCAGUUAAUAGGAGGCCGGGCGGCUGGGGGUCCGCAGUUAAUAGGAGGCCGGGCGGCUGGGGGUCUGCAGUUAAUAGGAGGCCGGGCGGCUGGGGGUCCGCAGUUAAUAAGAGGCCGGGCGGCUGGGGGUCCGCAGUUAAUAAGAGGCCGGGCGGCUGGGGGUCCGCAGUUAAUAAGAGGCCGGGCGGCUCUUGUCCUGCCGUCAUGGCGCUGUGUGGUACUCACCGCACCCAGAUGUUCUGCCGCUCUUGUCCUGCCGUCAUGGCGCUGUGUGGUACUCACCGCUCCCGGAGGUGCUGCCGCUCUUGUCCUGCCGUCAUGGCGCUGUGUGGUACUCACCGCUCCCGGAUGUGCUGCCGCUGUGUGGUACUCACCGCUCCCGGAUGUUCUGCCGCUCUUGUCCUGCCGUCAUGGCGCUGUGUGGUACUCACCGCUCCCGGAUGUUCUGCCGCUCUUGUCCUGCCGUCAUGGCGCUGUGUGGUACUCACCGCUCCCGGACGUGCUGCCGCUCUUGUCCUGCCGUCAUGGCGCUGUGUGGUACUCACCGCUCCCGGAGGUGCUGCCGCUCUUGUCCUGCCGUCAUGGCGCUGUGUGGUACUCACCGCUCCCGGAUGUGCUGCCGCUGUGUGGUACUCACCGCUCCCGGAUGUUCUGCCGCUCUUGUCCUGCCGUCAUGGCGCUGUGUGGUACUCACCGCUCCCGGAUGUUCUGCCGCUCUUGUCCUGCCGUCAUGGCGCUGUGUGGUACUCACCGCUCCAGGAUGUUCUGCCGCUCUUGUUUUGCCGUCAUGGCGCUGUGUGGUACUCACCGCUCCCGGAUGUUCUGCCGCUCUUGUCCUGCCGUCAUGGCGCUGUGUGGUACUCACCGCUCCCGGAUGUUCUGCCGCUCUUGUCCUGCCGUCAUGGCGCUGUGUGGUACUCACCGCUCCAGGAUGUUCUGCCGCUCUUGUCUUGCCGUCAUGGCGCUGUGUGGUACUCACCGCUCCCGGAUGUUCUGCCGCUCUUGUCCUGCCAUCAUGGCGCUGUGUGGUACUCACCACUCCCGGAUGUGCUGCCGCUGUGUGGUACUCACCGCUCCAGGAUGUUCUGCCGCUCUUGUUUUGCCGUCAUGGUGCUGUGUGGUACUCACCGCACCCGGAUGUUCUGCCGCUCUUGUCCUGCUGUCAUGGCGCUGUGUGGUACUCACCGCUCCCGGACGUGCUGCCGCUCUUGUCCUGCCGUCAUGGCGCUGUGUGGUACUCACCGCUCCCAGAUAUUCUGCCGCUCUUGUCCUGCCGUCGUGGCGCUGUGUGGUACUCACCGCUCCCAGAUGUUCUGCCGCUCUUGUCCUGCCGUCAUGGCGCUGUGUGGUACUCACCGCUCCCGGAUGUUCUGCCGCUCUUGUCCUGCCGUCAUGGCGCUGUGUGGAACUCACCGCUCCCGGAUGUUCUGCCGCUCUUGUCCUGCCGUCAUGGCGCUGUGUGGUACUCACCGCUCCCGGACGUGCUGCCGCUCUUGUCCUGCCGUCAUGGCGCUGUGUGGUACUCACCGCUCCCGGAGGUGCUGCUGCUCUUGUCCUGCCGUCAUGGCGCUGUGUGAUACUCACCGCUCCCGGAGCUGCUGCCGCUCUUGUCCUGCUGUCAUGGCGCUGUGUGGUACUCACCGCUCCCGGACGUGCUGCCGCUCUUGUCCUGCCGUCAUGGCGCUGUGUGGUACUCACCGCUCCCGGAGGUGCUGCUGCUCUUGUCCUGCCGUCAUGGCGCUGUGUGAUACUCACCGCUCCCGGAGAUGCUGCCGCUCUUGUCCUGCCGUCGUGGUGCUGUGUGGUACUCACCGCUCCCGGAUGUUCUGCCGCUCUUGUCCUGCCGUCAUGGCGCUGUGUGGUACUCACCGCUCCCGGAGGUGCUGCCGCUCUUGUCCUGCCGUCAUGGCGCUGUGUGGUACUCACCGCUCCCGGAGGUGCUGCCGCUCUUGUCCUGCCGUCAUGGCGCUGUGUGGUACUCACCGCUCCCGGAGGUGCUGCUGCUCUUGUCCUGCCGUCAUGGCGCUGUGUGGUACUCACCGCUCCCGGAGAUGCUGCCGCUCUUGUCCUGCCGUCGUGGUGCUGUGUGGUACUCACCGCUCCCGGAUGUUCUGCCGCUCUUGUCCUGCCGUCAUGGCGCUGUGUGGUACUCUCCGCUCCCGGAGGUGCUGCUGCUCUUGUCCUGCCGUCAUGGCGCUGUGUGGUACUCACCGCUCCCGGAGCUGCUGCCGCUCUUGUCCUGCAGUCAUGGCGCUGUGUGGUACUCACCGCUCCCGGACGUGCUGCCGCUCUUGUCCUGCCGUCAUGGCGCUGUGUGGUACUCACCGCUCCCGGACGUGCUGCCGCUCUUGUCCUGCCGUCAUGGCGCUGCGUGGUACUCACUGCUCCCGGAGGUGCUGCCGCUCUUGUCCUGCCGUCAUGGCGCUGCGUGGUACUCACUGCUCCCGGAGGUGCUGCCGCUCUUGUCCUGCCGUCAUGGCGCUGUGUGGUACUCACCGCUCCCGGACGUGCUGCCGCUGUGUGGUACUCACCGCUCCCGGACAUGCUGCCGCUCUUGUCCUGCCGUCAUGGCGCUGUGUGGUACUCACCGCUCCCGGACAUGCUGCCGCUCUUGUCCUGCCGUCAUGGCGCUGUGUGGUACUCACCGCUCCCGGAUGUGCUGGCGCUGUGUGGUACUCACCGCUCCCGGACGUGCUGCCGCUGUGUGGCAAGUGCUGCAGGAUUGUGUUGCGGCCGCCGGACGGUUAAUGUGUCAUCUGGACAAAUAUUUGUGAAGAGGAGGCAGCGGGGGCAGGGACACGACGCAUCCUGCGCUGCCACCCAGAUCCAGGCGCCAUGCUGCUGGGACUGUCC